AUGAAAGUUGAUAAUCUCCGAGGCCAGCGAAUUUUAAAAUCGUUCUCAACAUCUGAAGAUGAACCAAGGGUCGAACUUUUUGCUAAAAAUAUUCCUCAAAAUCUGGACGAAGAUGACAUAGUGCCAUUUUUCGAGCGUGUAGGACCUUUACAUUGUUUGAGAUUAAUGAUGGACCAUAACAACGAAGGUAAUAGAGGUUUCGUUUAUGUUACUUACCUCAACAAUAAAGUUGCGCAUUUGGCUGUGAAAUAUUUGGACGGUAGAGAAAUCGCUCCAGGUUACCCCGUUAAGGUGUCAAUUUCCAUGAACAACUGUAGAAUAUUUGUUGGCGGAAUACCAGUUCAAAAAACGAAAGAUGAGGUUUGGCUGGAGCUGGCCAAGAAAGGAAUAACAGGAAUAGUAGAUGUCAUCAUGUAUAGAUCCUACUCCAACAGGUCUGAGAACAGAGGGUUCGUAUUUGUGGAAUUUCCGACACAUCAGUAUGCUGCAAAGAUGAGAAACAAAAUGAUGAAUAUGUGUCUUUGGAAUAAAGAAGUUAUCGUUGAUUGGUCUGUAGCAGAACCUGUGGUAUGUGAAGAAGAUAUGAAGAAGGUCAAAAUUCUCCACCUCAGUAACCUUCCGGUUAUGGAAUCACGAGAGUAUCUGAAAGCAGUAAUUGGGAGUUAUGUCAAACCUGAGUUCAUAGAAAAAGUUUAUAAAUUCAAGAAUUAUGCUUUCAUCCACUUGGUUUCAAGAGAAAUAGCACUGGAGCUUUUGUUUUCUUUGAAAGAACAUUAUCGAAAUACUCCUGUUGAAGUUGUUUUCGCUAAGCCGAGCACUGAGUAUACAAAACCAGAGUAUCAAGUAGAAAAACUC